UCCCGAUAGAUCCAUCCAGCCACUUCUCCAGAAAUCAUCAUCUCCUGAACCCAACUGACUUGGAAGCUACCCAUCAAAACCAAGAUUCCCCAGAUGGCCAACUACCCCUACAACCAUCCUGCUUCUCAAUGGGGCCCACCUCCCUUCUCCGGCCAGCAAAAUCAUCAACCACAGUGGGCUCCUCCAUCCGGCCCUCCUCCUCAACAGUGGCAACCUCCUCAAGCCCCUCCUCCUGGGUUUAAUGGCGGAUGGCAACCACCAACAGGCGCCCCGCCCAUUACCAACGAUCAUACAAGACCCUAUCCAGGACAUUAUGGUCAUGGUAAUCCGCCGACAUCAUAUCAGCAAGCAUACAAUCAAGGGCCACCAGGAGCUCACUAUCAACCACCACAACCCCAAACCACGCGAGGCGAACCGUAUUUUCAGUAUUCGAAAUGUACCGGUCGUCGUAAAGCGCUAUGUAUCGGGAUUAACUAUGUCGGCCAAACUGGCGAAUUGAGAGGAUGUCACAACGAUGCUUUGAAUAUGCAGAAGUUCUUGAUCGAGAGGUACAACUACAAGCAAGAGGAUAUGGUCAUCCUCCUCGACACCCCUGGCGCCAACCCGAGACAGAUCCCAACUCGGGCAAACAUAAUAUCUGCCAUGCAGUGGCUCGUCUCCAAUGCUCAACCUAACGACUCUCUCUUCUCCGGGCACAUCGUUGAUGACGACAUGUUUGCUAUAAUGGUAGCUCCAUUGCCGCCUGGCUGUCGAUUGACUGGAAUUUUCGAUGUUGAGUUUCCCAUUCUUUUUGUUUCAGCGACAACGCGUCCUAAUGUCUAUUCAACCGAAGGCAAGAUCAAAGAACCCAAUCUUUUAGCCGAAGCUGGACAGGGUGCACUUCAGGCGGGACUAUCAUAUAUGCGUGGUGAUCUUGGCGGAGUUGCCAAGGGCUUGAUGGGUCUAGGCAAGAAAGUGAUCUCCGGAAACAAGGCUGAUAAGAUCUCCAAAGCGACUCGGACCAGUCCCGCGGAUGCGAUCCAAUGGAGUGGGUGUAAAGACUCUCAAACGAGUGCUGAUGCAGUCGAAGCUGGUUCUGCUACCGGGUCUAUGUCCUAUGCUUUCAUCACUUCCUUGACCCAGGCCCCGCAGCAAACCUACCAACAACUCUUAGUAUCUAUCCGACAGAUCUUGGCCAACAAGUACUCGCAGAAGCCGCAACUGUCGGCAUCUCAUCCUAUCGAUACCAACCUCAUGUUCGUCAUGUGA